AUGACCUCCUGUAGCGAAAAUGGAACCAAAUGCUUCGUGGGUGUUUUCGACGGGCAUGGAGAUCAGGGAAAGCGCAUGUCCCAUUUUGCGAAGCAGGCUCUAAGCAAGAGCCUCUUCAGCAACACAGAUCUCCAUACUGAGCCUGUGGCAGCGAUACAGGCAGCAUUCCGGGACACCCAGGAGAAGAUUGAGAAAGAGCACCGCCAUCAAGCAGAGCUGUCUGGGACAACAGCCAUCACAGCCUACCAGCACCGCAACCGGUUGGUAGUUGCAAAUGUGGGUGACUCACGGGCGGUGCUGGGUCGAUGCAGCACGCCCGCUCGGCAGACAGUGUCUGCUGUGGAUCUCUCCAAUGACCAGAAGCCAGCCCGGCCGGACGAACGGCAGCGCAUCCUCGCUGCCGGAGGGACGGUAGAUCAAAUGGCCAUCCCAAUCGUCCAGCGCGGUGGGGUGAGAUGGAUACGUGCAGGUCCUGAAAGGGUCAUGGACAAGCAAGGCAUGGGAGGCUUGGCGAUGUCUCGCUCGCUGGGGGACUUGAGGCUCCAUCCUUACGUUAGCUCCCAACCGGAAGUCGUCGAGCGAAAGCUAGACAGCAGGGACAAGGUGCUUGUUCUUGCUUCUGAUGGUGUUUGGGAUCACGUGACUUCCCAAGAGGCCGUGGAGAUCGCCGGGAGGGUUGAUGAUCCCAAGGUGGCUGCGCGGGAAAUUACAGGAAUUGCUCGUCAGCGCUGGCAGAUCGCCACCGAUGGCCAGAUGUCAGACGACAUCACAGCCGUUGUAGUGCGCCUCAAUGCUGUCGAUGCAGCGCAAGCUGCCUCGCAGCCGGCUGCAAGCGGCCCUGUGCCCGCAAAAGAAAGCCAGACGGCACAGAUGCGGAGGACUAGUGUGCUCACCUCAUUGUUUGGAGGCGGUCCGCGACGAGGACCGCGUCUGGAGGUCAACGGUCGCCUCCCGGACUCCAACAAGAAGCCCUCCUCUCCGGCCUUCCCAGGGAUGCCACAGCAUGGCUUGAGGCUACCGGAGUGCGGCCCGCGAGUGCCUGGGGGCAAGACUCGCUCCAUCACAGCGUCAGGCCGCCGGUCCGAGCAGGCAGCCGGCCUGAGGGCAAGGCCCGUUUCAACCGGACAGGCCAUUGGCAACCCGCGGCUCGCACUGGAUUCGCUACCUCCUGCCGGACAUCGAAACGGUGCGCACGGUGUGCUCUGA